GGCGUGUAACAGUUAUGUUAGAUAAAUCAUUUGAAUACAUCAAGUUCACAAACAUAUAUAUUUGUCGAAAUGCCGUGGGCAUGUGUGAUUUCACCGACGUGGAGUUUGAGCAUUUAAAAAUUGACUAGCAAAAAUACCCCAUGCGAGCUCCGGAGGUUUCCGUUGUAACCCGUAACUAAGGCAACGAGGAAUGACGUGACUCGCGGGGAGUGUAAACGUUAAAAGAGCACCCAAACAACCCCGGAUAGUUUCAUGAUUUAGGUUAUAAUGUUCCUAGUGGAAUAUGGAGAGACAUAACUUGGGAAAGGAAAGGCUUAUCGUUCCCACUGACUUCACCUCACCGCCGGGUUCAAGGAUUGUCCAGGAGGACCUUGUCCCCCCGUCGCAUUUUGCAUCGAGUGUCCAGCCUGCUGGGGCACACAGAGGCGUUCAAAUCACAGGGACGUCGCCAUCCGUCUCCUGGAUAAACCCAGGUCUAACAUCACUACCGUCAGGGGAUCCCAGUCCUGCCAAUCCAUGGCUCGCCAUCACUCAGGCCCAACAGGAGAUUUUGGAGCUGAGGAAGGAAAAUCAGCAGAUUAUGAUGUUACAAGAAAACAGCAUAAGGAGAAGGAUUCCUGUGGAUUGCCCAUCAGACCUCAGGGCAAGAUCUACAGAGAGAGGUGAGCAGUGGGCCAGGUGGGAAUCAGAGUGGCUUGUGGAAAUAGAGAAGCACAAGGCUGAAGCUGAGAGGUUGAAGGGGCAGGUGGAGGCCCUGAAGGAGAGUGCAGGGAGACACAGAGAAGAUAUGAGAGACAGAGACAGCACCCUUAACAGACAGAGCCAUGAGUUGGAAGCAAUGCGUGAGGAGCUGUGUAAGGCUAAGUCUGAACUCAGCCAAAUCAGAGACGAGCUCAUUCACAGCAGUGCACAGACGAAGAAAAUAAGCUCACAGCUCGAAAGACUGAGGAGUGAGUCUGGUGAGGAAAUUGCAAGGCUGAGGAGAGAUGUAGAGAGGAGGAAGGAGGAAGCCCAGGAGCUUGCUCUGAAGGCUGAAAUGGGCAGGUUACAGGCUGAGGAGGAGGCCAAACAGCAGACAUUGAGACUGUCAGAACAUUUGGAGGAAAUGCAAAGGAAGCAGGAGGUGGAGCUGCAACAGUUGAACGCCUCCCACUCUGCAGAGUUGGCAGCGGCAAGAAAAACAAACAGUGAACUACAGGACAGACUUCAAUCAAUGACCUCAGAAGUGCUGCGGCUAAAAAGCACUCUGAUGGAGGUAUCUACAGAGAGAGAUGGGCUGAAAGAACAUUUAAGCCAAAUGGGACAAGCUUUUGAGACACAAUCUGCAACACUGCACAGCCUCAGAAAUUACAUCGGCCAGCUUGCCCCAGAGAAAAGAGAGAAGGAACAAUUAAACGAAGCUGUUGAGAGGCUGAACAAAGAGAAGGCAACUCUUCAGAUGACCACAGAGCUUCUGACAGUCAGGCUUAACUCUGUAAAUGAAAUACUCGCCCUCCAAGAAGAGAAAAUGGUGAAAAAGACCUCGACAGACCUGCUUGUGAAGAAUGGAUCUGAAGGCCUUCAAAUGAUUCAGCUCUGGAGAGAGAGAGUGUUUAAAUUAUGUGUUCAGCUUCGCUCGAAGGACAUUGAAUUAAGAGGAGAAAAGGAUCAACUCCUUUCAAAAUUCAGAUCCAUGGAGCAGCAGCUCCAGCAGGAGCAGCACCGCACUAGUGUCCUUCAACACAGUCUGGAUGACAGGAUAGCUGAGCUGGACCUGGAGAGAGUGGAAAAGGAGACAUUGAAACAGGACUUGGCCCAGGCUCACAAGGAAAAUACUCAUCUUAAAUCACAGAGCCAGAAAUCAGAGGCUGAACUUAAAAUCCUGACAGACGCAGUGCGCAGGUUCAGUCUGGCAUUUGAAAGCAAGGUGGCAGAAGUGGACGCAGCUCAAACAAGCCUCUACACUUGCACCCAGAGGCUAACUUUCGCUAAAAGACGAGUGGAGACAAUCCAAGGUUUGAUCAUGAGGAGGCUGGCUCUGCAGAAAGUUCAGCAGGCCAGUAAACAGGCAGAACAGGCUGCUGCCAGCAUCACAAACCUCCAGACAGAGCUUAGUUUGGUGUGUGAAGAGAGAGACAAGCUCACACAGGAGCUCAAAAGAACCCCAGAGCUCAUCGAGAAAGCUCUGACUGAUCUGAGAGAACAGUAUGAAAACAAACACAGGCGGCAGCAGCAGGAGCUGGAGCAGAGCUGGGCGGAGGUCCGGCAGGCUGUGGCUGGCAGGCAGGAGGCCGAGCAGAGCCUACAGCAGAUCCAGGCCCAGCUGGGGGAGAGCAAGGUCAACCUGGAGAAGCUCCGCUCUGAGCUGCUCAUCCAGCGGGAGCACAGCGAGCAGGCCCUGCAGGAGAGGGUGUCUGAGAUUGAGGACCGCUGUGCUGAGAAGCUGAGAGAGAUGGAGGUUCAAGUCAGUACGGCCAGGAGAGAGCACACCAAAGCAGUUAUGACUUUGCGGCAGUUUGAGAAAGAGGCAGCGAGGAAACAGGACGAAAUAAGAGAAACUCAGUAUUCGGGGGGCGCACGCACAAAGAGAGAAGUCCAGAAUAAACAACUGAAGGAGAUGGAGAAGGACAAAACCCUACUGCUGGCCACCGUUGCUGAGCGAGGGCUGGCGAGUGAGUAUACAAGAGUUCACACAGCUGCUUCACAGAACUCUGCUGCUCCUAAGGAACAACGACAAAAACCUUCAGAGAGGUGUCGCUCUGUGGGGGCAAAAGCCCAACUACCUGCAGAUGAGAGACUCCUGUCUGUUUUGGAGGAGCUCCACAGUCUCAGUGCCGCAGUGGUAAACAGCUCUGAGGACUCUGCGGAGGAGGAGGGACAGAAUGACAGCGUGGGACCAUCCACAGGCAGUCUGCACAGCUGAUACCUGAAGAUGAGUCACUGAAGGCAGUGUGAACACCUUUAAUUUGUACAAAAGGUGGGCAGUGAUAAUGAUUUGAGAGCCUAGAAAAUGCAGUCACUGGAAACGAUUUGUUGGAGUGAAACAUCAGAAAGCAUGCAAGUCACAUUACUACUGGGUGCAUAAAAAGAAUAAUAGGUAUCUAGUGCAGACACAUUAUACGUAAAUUUAACACAAAUUUAAAUUCAAGCUCAUACAUCUUCUGCAUAUGUCUUCAGGAUGACUUUUAAUUACAGAGAAUACUGGAAAUUUAUUAAUGGACAAAGUUUUUAACUUGGUCAACAUAGAAAUGCUUGUGCUGCACAGGCACUCUUCAAUCAAAGUGAAAUGAAAGAUUUGGAUGUUUAUGUGAAUAUCCACAGUUUAAGUUCCAGAGUCUGGUUUUUCACCCUCUUGCUUAAGACCAUGUUCCACAUUUCACUUUCUUUUACCCAUUUUAAAUGAUACUCCCCAUGAAACUAGUCCGAGAAUAGUUUGAUUUUUGCCCACUGAAUCCAUGAAAUGCCUUAAAAUUUAAAAUCACACUUAGGCAAAACUGUUCAGCAGAAACUAUAUAUAUAUAUAUAUAUAUAUAUAUAUAUAUAUAUAUAUAUAUAUAUAUAUAUAUGACUACAGAUAAAGUAAUAGAAUUUAUGUCUAUGAAAAAUAGCUGCACAGAUGGUGAUGACUUAAUUAAAUGCAAAUAUGUGACUAGAUUUGUCAUUUUCAGUUUCAGAUAGCAAAGAGAAGGCUUAGAGAUAUAGAUAUAGCUGACACAGUACUUGUCCUGCCAAUGUAAAUAGAGGUCUGUACUGCUGAAAUUUGAUGGUCCAAGUGUUUCUUUGCCAUGCAGAGAGUGUUUCGUUUUUUUUUUUUUUUUUACUUUUCAGUGUGACCUAUAAUAAAGUAUUUUUAUAGUGCAAAUUCCACAGUCUUCAACAGUAUGGUCUCAGGGGAAAUAGUGAUGAAGAAAUUCGUGAUUUUAUGUAAAUGGCAUUUCCAUUAGUGACAUCAAAACCUAAAUGAAGAAGAGUAACUAACACAUCUGAUGUCAGAGUUUCACAAUAAGUUAGAUUUUUAAAAUAAAAUUAGAUUUUUGCAUAAAGAAUAAAAAACACAAGAGUUUCUCAGGUGUAUAGAGUCAGCUGAGAAAGUUACAUUUGUAAAGCAGAUUUAAAUUUGAUUUGGUGAGCCUGCUUUGUUUCUAUCUAAAGAACACAUGAACAGUUGGGAAGACCCAUGUGAUUUCAUAUUGAAAAAAAUCAAUAUUUUCUAUUUGAAGUUCCUUUAUAGAGGUCAAUUUUAAAAUGACUUUCCAUCCUAUGGAGGAUGAUAAACAUCAUGAUGAACCAGAUAAUUGUGCUAUUUGUCAUGUUGUCAUGAGUGCUAAUAAAUUUUGCAGUAGCUGAAAGUUUGGAGCCUCUAGGUAAAAACACCUCGUGGGCGACUGAGGGAGAGCCGGGUGAAAAUACUAAUAAAGUCUAGACUUUUCGACUCUAUUUUCUAAGAGCAUCAAAAAUAAUUUGCAGGGACACACUCGCGGCCUGAGAGGUGAUUCAUCAUGGCAAGUAGAGGAUUAAUGCAGCAAAUUUACUUUUUUAAAGAAUAUUAUUGGAUUUCAGUAGUUCACUGUUGCUUAUUAUUUGGUGCCUGAGAGUUUACAAAACAGCCAGUUACUGCAUGAGAAUAUUUUAAUUUGUCCUGUAUAUCAAGGCUCUAAUAUAAAAAUCAAUAAUCUCAUUGAUGACACAGUGAAGUAAUUAUGUAGUCUAAAUUUACAUACAUCAUGAUGGAUAACUGCAAAUUUAAUAUUCCUGCUUUUACCUUUUUGAGGUGUACUUAAGAUCACAUCAUGCAUUACCCUACAUAAUUCAUGUUUGAAGCAAUCAUAUUAAUAUCACUUUAGUUUUAAUAAUUGUGAGUCAUGACAGCAAAUAAUCAAGUAGGCUGACUGCAAAAAACAAAAAUUAUUAAAAGCAAAUCAUGUGCAGAUUGAAAACAGCAGAGGGCGAUGUUGUCAAAGGUGAGAGCAGCACAUACAGUGAUCUCCAUCAUCUGUUUGCCUUUACACUUUGUAAAAGGCAGCUCCUUCAUUGGAAUAUUAUUGGAGACAGUGAAGAACAAUAUGAUUUCAGUAGGUUAUGCAGGUGUUUCUUACCUGCAACUUUAGAUGAGGAAGUGAGUGAGGAUGGAUAUGUGCACAGACAAGGAUUUUAGUAUCUAUCAGAUUAAUUAAUGCAAAUGAAUCUGAAUAGGAAACCUGUCCAGAACAAUUUAAUGCUGUACUGUGUUUCCCCACAAACAGCAAACAAACAUGAGAACAGGAUUCUGGUGGAAAGCUCUCAGGUAGAUGCAAAACUUGUUGUUCUGUUGGGUGUUUGAAGAAUGUUACAGUUAUGGUAUAAAGCCUGAGUAAAUGCAUUUACUGUGUAUAUCUUCAUUGCCUCAGCAAUGUGGAGAGAGUAGCACAGCAUCCAGACAACACUGUGGUUAACUGAUGAAUAAUUUAGCAGAGCAUUGCAAUCCAGACAAGACAUGAAAUAAAUGACGUAAUAAAAACCAAUCGAUAAGCUCCCGAACAAUUCUGAGCAUUGAACGGCAUAUAGAAUAAAUGGUUCAAACAAACAAA